AUGUUCCCAUACCCGAUAGAUGGUUCCAAAGCGACAAGGAGGAUUGCUAGGAAGAGUCUUUGGAUUGAAGUCAACGUCCCUCUCGCACCAACUCUGAAACCUGGCGGUUAUGACCAGAAUCCCUUCCCGUUGAUCACCUCUCCAUCUAAUCAACCGGCCAUUUGGGCUCUGCCUCGAAUCAAUCUUUCUACUCUUCCAUGGGUAAAAAGUAGCAAUCUAGACUGGUUGAACCGUGUAGACGAUCAAAUUUAUAGCGCUCGUGAAAAACGCAUAUUUGGCGACAAUGAUUCGUCAACCAAUGAUUUUCCACGCGCUCUUCUCCAGUUAAAAUAUAUACUGGUUGAUAUCAUGGUACAUAUGAAUACAACCAAGUUAUGUGGCGUCUUCGUCAAAGGGGCCACCAUGAGCGAACAUGUUGGCGAUUCGCUGUUGGUCUCGAAUGGGCUUCGCCAUAGCCGUGAAACAAGCUCACUGGUGUUCGACGGCUGGGCCAUUACCGAUUUCCUCGGUCAAAGACCUUCGCCGCCCGCACUAUUGCAUUUGGUAAGCUAUUCAGUUACUCGCAACGGGCACAUCUUGUGGAAGAAAAUGAUACCUGCGGCGGUAGAGUCAUGCCGACGGGGUUGGGAACAUGAUUCAUCCUGCGCGUAUCGAGGUACUCAAGCCCCUCUUUCUAUCGAGCCUUACGUAUCCCCGAUCUGUAAGUGCGGUGAAGGAAAAGAUGUUGUAGAUUACCCAGAAGACGCGCUGGUUGCACCGUUUAAAACGAAAGCUACAAGGAUCGCAUUGCCGUUGUUGUCGGCAGUCUCUUAUGUGGAAGCCAUGGAUCCACCGGAGCUAUCACAAUCUUAG